CGCGUAUUCGGCGUCAGUUGAACGUGUGAUUCGAAACGUUCCACAUUUGAAAUUUAAUUUCUUUUUAAUUCGUGUAUACGUGACUUAAAUCGCCAGUUCUGAUAUAUAGUUUUUGAGUGUUAUAGUGUCAAAGAGAUCAACUUCUAAACAAUGGACCCGCUUCUAGUCGAUGUUGUCCACUUCUACCCGAGGGAAAACGCGCAACCACACAAUACCGUUAAGUUCGAAGUAAUAAACGAUGAAAAUCCUACCACAACUGUCGUGCGCCGCGGUCAACCGUUCAAUGGCGUGGCGAGGUUCACGAGACCCUUCGACGAGAAUGAGGAUAUUGUUCAACUCGUAUUCAACCUUGGAGACAAACCACAGAUGGACACCCAAGGCUCGAUGUUCUUGAAGCGAGAUGUGAUCCCGGACAAGUACAGCUGGUGCGCCAAAAUCCUGGACGUGCAAGGAGACACUGUGUCGUUUGAGGUUUCAACUCCAGUGACUUUGCCAGUGGGUUGCUGGGCUCUUCGUUUGGUCACAAGUCUGAAGAGCAGCAACGAGAGACAAGUUUAUGACUAUGAUCAGGAUUUGUACAUUCUCUUCAAUCCAUGGAAUCCUGAUGACCAAACCUACAUGGAAGACGUGGGUCUCUUGCAAGAGUAUGUGCUGAACGAUGUUGGUAAAGUGUGGGUGGGUCCAAUCAAAACUACAAGAGGAAAGCCAUGGUUUUAUGGGCAGUUCGACAGCGCUGUGUUACCAGCUGCCAUGUUUAUGCUGGACAGAGCGGACAUGCCAUUUCACCAUCGAGGAGACCCUGUAAAAAUGACAAGAGUCAUUUCCCGUAUCGUAAACUCCAACGAUGACGCUGGUGUGCUCGUGGGGCGUUGGGAUGGUGAAUACGAAGAUGGAACGGCGCCAUCUGAAUGGACCGGUUCCGUGGAUAUCCUCGCCCAAUAUCUGGAGACGCAACAGGAGGUGCCUUAUGGACAAUGCUGGGUGUUUGCUGGUGUGGUUACUACAGUAUGUCGCGCCCUCGGUAUUCCAUCACGAGUGGUGUCAAACUUGGUAUCAGCCCACGACGCAAAUUCAUCCCUCACCGUAGACAAAUACUACACGGAAAAUAUGGAAGAGCUGGACUUCGAUCCCAACAACCCACAGGGAGCCGAUUCGAUCUGGAAUUACCACGUGUGGAAUGAUGUGUGGAUGGCGAGACCUGAUCUGCCCCCGGGUUAUGGUGGCUGGCAAGCCGUUGACGCUACACCACAAGAAACAUCAUCAGGAAUGUACCAAUGUGGUCCAGCGCCAUUAGAAGCUAUAAAGCAAGGAGUUAUCGGUUUCAACUACGACGUUGAGUUCAUGCUGGCAUCUGUUAACGCUGACCUCAUGAGGUGGAGGAAAGACCCUGAAUCGGAGUCAGGAUAUUCAAUGGUCGACACCAAUAAUUACCAUAUCGGUCGUAUGGUUCUCACAAAGAAACCCUUCGUGUUCGACCCUCUUGGAGAUGAAGACAGACAAGACAUCACCAGUGAAUACAAACACAGGGAAGGAACUGCCUCUGAAAGAUUGGCUCUAAUGAACGGUGUGCGGUACUCCGAAAGGGCAAAGAGGUACUACGCAGUCGCCGCUAAUUCAUCGAGUGACGUCACGUUCAAGCUCCGCGAUAUCGACACCGUACCCAUCGGCAAGGAGUUCAGAGUGAUCGUUGAUAUCGAUAAUUUGUCAAAUGAGGGACGUAACAUUAAGGCCGCUCUCACAGCCACCAGUGUUUUCUACAACGGCGUGAAAGCGGAAAUCGUAAAGAAGAUCGAAGGAAAAGUUUUCGUCGGCCCACAGAAACAUGAACAAGUCAGCAUUCUCGUCCAAGCAGACGACUACUUACCCAAAUUGGUGGAGUAUUGCAACAUGAAGAUCUCGGCUAUGGCCAUCGUCGACGAGACCAAACAAUCUUGGGCAGAUGAUGAUGAUUUCCAAGUAUUAAAACCCGACAUUAGUAUUAAGUUCAACGAGGACCUGAUCAUCGGGCAGCCGACGACUGCGGUGCUGUCGUUCGUGAACCCGCUCGACCGGCCGCUGACGGGCUGCGAGUUCCGCGUGACGUCAUCCGGCGUGGCGGGCCGCACGCUGCGCCUGUCCGCCGCCGACGCCGCGCCGCAAGCGCUGCUCAGCGCCGAGCUGCCCGUGCAGCCUAACAAAUUGGGCAUGAUCAACUUUAUUGCCACAUUCAAGUCUGUUGAACUGAAAGACAUACACGGCUCCGCUACCGUCGAAGUAUUUGAAGGAUAAAUGACCAUAUUACAUAGUAUAUAAGGUUUAAUUUAAGUUUAAAAAUACAGAUGUAUUUACUCAUAGGCUUAAGAAAAAGUUUAUUUU